UUACCGUGCGUCACGUUAAACGCGACGCGCGAUACAAGGCAUUGAAACGUCGCUAAAGUUUUAGCGGCGUAUCGAAGUUUAAAAACGUAAAGAAAUACGCAAAGUUGCCUUAUAAUAAAGUGACAGGAGCGUAAUAAUCAUGGCGUCCACAGCGGCGGGUAAACAGAGAAUCCCGAAAGUGGCAAAGGUGAAGAACAAAGCCCCAGCAGAGGUGCAGAUCACCGCAGAGCAGCUGCUCAGAGAGGCGAAGGAGAGAGAACUAGAGCUGCUGCCUCCGCCACCGAAACAGAAGAUCACUGAUGCAGAAGAGCUCAACGACUAUAAACUGAAGAAGAGGAAGGGGUUUGAAGACAACAUCAGGAAGAACAGAACUGUCAUCAGCAACUGGAUCAAGUACGCACAAUGGGAGGAGAGCCUGAAGGAAGUCCAGAGAGCUCGCUCUAUAUACGAGCGUGCGCUCGACGUGGAUCACCGCAACAUCACGCUGUGGCUGAAGUAUGCAGAGAUGGAGAUGAAGAACCGGCAGGUGAAUCACGCUCGCAACAUCUGGGACCGAGCCAUCACCAUCCUUCCCCGUGUCAAUCAGUUCUGGUACAAGUACACCUAUAUGGAGGAGAUGCUGGGGAACAUUGCUGGCUGCAGGCAGGUGUUUGAGCGCUGGAUGGAGUGGGAGCCAGAGGAACAGGCCUGGCAUUCGUACAUCAACUUUGAGCUGCGCUAUAAGGAAGUGGACAAGUCCCGCAGCAUCUAUGAGAACUAUGCAAGCCCACACAAUUAUGAUGCAUGGUUUGAUUACCUGCGGCUGGUGGAGAGUGACACCGAUGCAGACACGGUUAGAGAAGUGUACGAGAGAGCCAUAGCCAACAUACCCCCCAUCCAAGAAAAGAGACACUGGAGACGCUACAUCUACCUGUGGAUUAACUACGCUCUCUAUGAGGAGCUGGAGGUCAAGGACCCUGAGAGAACGAGGCAGGUGUAUCAAGCGUGUCUGGAGCUUAUACCACACAAAAAGUUUACAUUUGCCAAGAUUUGGCUCUUAUACGGACAAUUUGAAAUCCGACAAAAAAACCUCCAGAAUGCUAGACGAGGCCUGGGCACAGCCAUCGGAAAGUGUCCCAAAAACAAACUGUUUAAAGGCUACAUCGAGCUGGAGCUACAGCUGAGGGAGUUUGACCGAUGCAGGAAGCUCUACGAGAAGUAUCUGGAGUUCAGUCCAGAAAACUGCACCACCUGGAUCAAGUUUGCCGAGCUGGAGGCCAUCCUGGGAGACACAGACCGGGCCAGAGCCAUAUUUGAACUGGCCAUUGGACAACCACGACUCGACAUGCCAGAGGUGCUGUGGAAGUCAUACAUCGACUUUGAGAUCGAGCAAGAAGAAUACGACAACACACGAGGACUUUAUAAGAGACUGUUACAGCGUACUCAACAUGUCAAAGUCUGGAUCAGCUAUGGCCAGUUUGAGCUGUCCAUCGACAGUGACGACCGCAUACAGCGUUGCAGACAGAUCUACGAGGAGGCCAAUAAGAGUAUGCAGAGCUGUGAGGAGAAGGAGGAACGUCUGAUGCUCCUGGAGUCCUGGAGAGACUUUGAGGACGAGUUUGGAUCGUUCGCCAACAAGGAGAGAGUCCGGAAACUCCUGCCGGAGAAGGUGAAGAAGAGGAGGAAGAUCACAGCAGAGGACGGGUCGGAUGCAGGUUGGGAAGAAUAUUACGACUACAUCUUCCCCGAGGACGCUGCCAACCAGCCCAACCUCAAACUGCUGGCCAUGGCCAAGAUGUGGAAGAAACAGCAGCAGGAUGAGGAUGAGGAAGAGCAGGAAGAAGAAGAAGAAGGACAGCAGGUUCCUCAAGGGAAGGAAGCACAGGAGAGCCCAGAACCAGAGGAGCAGGGACCUGCAGCCCAAAGAGAACAGCCUGAAAACGAGUACGACGAUCGCGACGAUGACGAAGAGAGCAGCAGCAGUAGUGACAGCGAGAGCGAUGGUGGUGACCGCCAAGAUGACAAGACGGAACAAACAAAAGCGGACACAGAAAAUCACUGACCUGGUGUGGUGGAACUUAACACGUUAUUUGUCUCCAUUUCUUUCUGCCUGUCUCUUUUCUUUUGUAACAAAAUAAAGGUGUGACCCAAAUGUGCCAAUCACUUACUGUUAUUCAAUAUGGCGGCCCCCAAACAGAUCGUCGCUUACAUUGUAGUUGAAGAAUCAGAGGGAAUCAUAUUGCAAAUGUUUGCACAGUUGUCAUGUUAUUAAUGAUGAUUGAGCAAACAGAGAGUUUUCUGAU